GACCGAGGGGGAGCCACCGCCCGUCGCCAUCCACGUCCGCCAUAUCCAGAUCGGCGCACGUCACGCGGUCCCGCUCCCCUCUCCCCAUCCUCGAUCCACCACGGCGAGGAGUCAAGCUGCCAGCGUCGGCGCGGGAGACGAUAAACACAACGCGAAGCGAGGCGGCGGCCUCCCUCUGUCGCAGUUAGUUUGGCUUAUCCCAGCACGCCAUGCCCGGGCGCGCAGGCGCCAAGCCGCACCGCGCGCAUUUCUCUUCCGCCCUGCUCCGAUCCAAGGCCGCGGAGGUGACCCAGUGAGCUCUCCCGCCACGCCCGUCCGUCCGCCGGUUCAUCGGUCGCCCAUGGACGUCAUCACCAACGAGGCGCGCGUGGGGGCGUUCGCGAUCGGCCCGUCCACGGCGGCGGGCCGGGCGCUCGCGCUGCGCGUGCUCCUCUGCGGCUCCCUGGCGCGGCUGCGGCACCGCCUCGCCGCCGCGCUGCGCGCCGCGGCGCCCCUGGCGGCGGCCUGGCUGCACCCGCGCCACAACACGCGGGGGAUCCUGCUGGCCGUCUGCGCCGUCGCGCUCCUGCUGCGCGGCCGCGGGGGCCGCGCCGGGGUGCGCGCGCGCGUGCAGUCCGCCUACCGCCGCAAGUUCUGGCGCAACAUGAUGCGCGCCGCGCUCACCUACGAGGAGUGGGCGCACGCCGCGCGGAUGCUCGAGCGAGAGACGCCGCGCCGCGCCACCGACGCCGACCUCUACGACGAGGAGCUCGUGCGCAACAAGCUCCGCGAGCUCAGGCACCGUCGCCAGGAGGGCUCGCUCAGGGACAUCGUCUUCUGCAUGCGCGCCGACCUGCUCAGGAACCUUGGUAACAUGUGCAACCCCGAGCUCCACAAGUUGAGGCUGCAGGUGCCUAAACUCAUCAAGGAAUACAUUGAGGAGGUAUCUACUCAACUGAAAAUGGUUUGCAAUUCUGAUUCAGACGAGUUACCUCUCGAGGAGAAACUGGCAUUUAUGCAUGAGACAAGGCAUGCCUUUGGUAGAUCUGCCUUACUGCUAAGUGGAGGAGCUUCAUUUGGGUCUUUCCAUGUAGGUGUUGUGAAAACCUUGGUAGAGCAUAAGCUUCUACCUAGGAUUAUUUCAGGAUCAAGCGUUGGCGCAAUAAUGUGUGCUAUUGUCGCCACAAGGUCAUGGCCAGAACUGGAGAGUUUUUUUGAGGAGUGGCAUUCCUUGAAAUUCUUUGACCAAAUGGGUGGGAUCUUUCCUGUAUUUAAAAGAAUUUUGACGCAUGGGGCUGUUCAUGACAUUAGGCACUUGCAGACGCAAUUGAGAAAUCUUACAAGCAACUUAACAUUUCAAGAGGCAUAUGACAUGACUGGCCGGGUUCUCGUUGUUACCGUGUGUUCUCCAAGAAAACAUGAGCCACCUCGAUGCCUGAACUAUUUGACGUCACCUCACGUUCUCAUCUGGAGUGCGGUAACUGCUUCCUGUGCUUUCCCUGGACUUUUUGAGGCCCAGGAGUUGAUGGCCAAAGAUAGAUUCGGAGAAACAGUUCCUUUUCAUGCUCCAUUCUUGUUGGGCGUGGAGGAACGAGCUGAUGCUGCUACACGGCGAUGGAGAGAUGGGAGCUUAGAAAGUGAUUUGCCCAUGAAGCAGUUGAAGGAAUUAUUCAACGUAAAUCACUUCAUAGUAAGCCAAGCCAAUCCUCACAUUGCUCCAUUACUGAGACUAAAGGAGAUCAUCAGGGCUUAUGGAGGCAGCUUUGCUGCAAAGCUUGCUGAACUUGCUGAGAUGGAAGUUAAGCAUAGGUUCAAUCAAGUUCUGGAACUUGGAUUUCCAUUAGGAGGAAUAGCUAAGUUAUUUGCUCAACAUUGGGAAGGUGAUGUGACAAUUGUUAUGCCAGCCACUCUUGCUCAGUAUUCGAAGAUCAUACAGAAUCCUUCGUAUUCUGAGCUUCAGAAAGCAGCAAGUCAGGGUAGGCGAUGCACUUGGGAAAAGCUCUCUGCCAUCAGGGCAAACUGCGCUAUUGAGCUUGCAUUAGAUGAAUGUGUUGCCCUCCUGAACCACAUGCGUAGGCUGAAGAGAAGUGCAGAAAGAGCAGCCGCUUCACAAGGAUAUGGUGCUACAAUUAGACUCUGUCCAUCUAGAAGGAUUCCGUCAUGGAAUCUCAUAGCAAGAGAAAAUUCAACUGGUUCUCUCGAUGAGGAGAUGCUCACAUCUCCCACUGUUACAAGCCAUCAAGCAGUUGGAGGGACUGCUGGGCCAUCUAACAGAAAUCACCAUCUCCAACAUAGUAUACAUGAUAGCAGUGACAGUGAAUCUGAGAGUAUAGACUUGAACUCAUGGACGAGAAGUGGUGGCCCUCUCAUGAGGACAGCCUCGGCUAAUAAAUUCAUCAGCUUUGUUCAGAACCUUGAGAUUGACCCAGAGUUCAGAACAAUUUCACCAAAGGGGAGUGAAGGUGAUAUUUUGACACCGAAUAGUAACUUGUUUGCUGGUCACCCAAUUGGUAGAGAGCCAGUUGAUAAUCAUCCAAGGCCUGUUACUCCUGGUAGGACCUCAGGCAAUACAGGUUCCGAUCCUCAUGAUACUCCUGUUCCUAGGUCUCCAUUUGGUCUUUCCGCGAGUAUCAUGGUCCCUGAAGGUGACUUGCUGCAGCCUGAAAAGAUUGAGAAUGGUAUUUUAUUCAAUGUUGUCCGAAGGGAUACUCUCCUAGCGUCUACUAGCGGAGUUGAACCUCAUGGAUCUUCACAUGAGGCAGAUGUGGAAACUGUACCGACCGAGUGCCUUUAUGGUGCUUCGGAUGACGACGACAACGUGGAACUGAAUGCCAAUGAUGAAGCGCUAUCUGAUCGUGGAGAUCAGAGAUCUUCAGUUGCAGGAAAUCUAGAUUCGUCCGCUUCCAUGGACUGUCAAGCUGAAGCAAGUACUACUCGAUCAGAAGCUCCAUCUCUCUUUGAUAUCUGUGUGGAGAUUCCUCCAGCAACCAUGACCACAGAAAAUAGUCGGCCUGACGAGCCUUCUUCAGACAUAAGACUGGAGACUGUAAAGACAGAAUGCCCUGAUGAGAAUUCUGCUGCUGGGAAUGCUGAAGUUGACUCAGUUCCUGCCAGUAAAGAAUCUUCCUAUUGGUCUCAGACAUCAGAAAUUGGACAGCAGCAUCAAGUGGAUAUGGGAUCUGUGAACUCCUGUACUGUUUCAUUUUCAGAAGAUGAUAGACAUGUGAGCCUUAUUUCGAACGAGAAACCGGUCACUACUUCCAGUGGCGGAGCUGAGAGUAUGACAUCUGGAAGAAGUGAAGCUGACUAGCAUAGAACUUGCCUGUUGACCGACCUAAUGUUUUUCUGUGUUGGGACUUGGUAGUUUGAACAAUUCAGCUUGAUCUGAUCCAUGCUAUGUGUGCAAUUUAAACUCGUGUCACGAUCAAACUGAAUUGUGUCUAUAUGUAGGUGUUGUAAUUCAGUUGUCGGACAGUCAACCCCCUAAUGAAGCACUAAGAAUGAAUCUCGUUUCGAACCCCCUAA